ACGGACGCUGUUUUAAGUAGCUUUGAUGUUUGGAAUGACAUCUUGUUCCUCGAUGUAUCUCAUUAUAUCCGGGCUGUGUUUACUUGACUGUGGUGUAUAACCGGCAGGUUGAGAUGACCGUUAUCGGCUCUAACCUCACCCAGUGAAACUACAGGCUGUUGUGAUGUCAGAGCCUAAGCCCCCUACUCCAACCCCUGGAGACACAUACAAGGGUUGGCUUUUCAAAUGGACCAACUACAUAAAAGGUUACCAAAGACGCUGGUUUGUUCUUAGCAAUGGACUAUUGUCAUAUUACAGGACCCAGGCAGAGAUGGGUCACACAUGCCGAGGCACCAUCAACUUGGCCACAGCCAAUAUCGCUGUAGAGGACUCGUGCAAUUUUGUCAUUUCGAAUGGUGGCGCGCAGACCUACCACCUGAAGGCCAGCUCAGAAGUAGAGCGCCAGCGGUGGAUCACUGCGCUGGAGCUUGCUAAGGCAAAGGCCGUCCAUAUGCAGGCCGAAUCUGAUGACUCAGGUGACGAUUGCCCCGCAGUGCCCCCCACUGCAGGACAGGGUGGAAGCUGCCGUAACUCAGAAGUCCAGUCCACACUACGAACACUGAGCAGCAAGGUGGAGGACCUCACCACCUGUAAUGAUCUCAUUGUCAAGCAUGGGUCUGCCCUCCAGAGGUCUUUGUCAGAACUGGAGGGGAUUCGUGUUGGAGGGGACAUGGGAGAAAAGAUCAGACAAGUUACAGAGAGGGCCACACUGUUCAGAAUCACCUCUAAUGCCAUGAUAAAUGCUUGUAGAGACUUCCUCUCCCUGGCCCAGAACCACAGUAAGCGCUGGCAGAAGGCCUUACAGACUGAAAGAGACCAGAGGAUACGGCUGGAGGAGACUCUAGAGCAGCUGGCUAAACAGCACAACCACUUGGAAAGAGCUUUCAGAGGAGCUACAGUUCUCCCCCCUUCAUUCAGCAAUCCCGCCUUAGGCAACAAAGGUGGUGUUUCGGGAAAAUGUGACGCCAGUGACGAAGAUGAUGACAAUGAGUUCUUUGAUGCUAUGGAAGACCCAGCAGAGUUUAUUACUGUCCCCGCUGACCCCAAGUAUCACAGGAGAUCUGGCAGUAAUGUUAGUGGGUUCAGCAGUGAGACUGGAAUUGACGAUCAGUCGGUAAAUUUUGAUGAACUGUCCUUGGCAUCCAAUCCAGAGUCUCCCCAGCCAUUGGAGCUUGAGCCAGUUAGACAAAGACGAACUCGUAUCCCUGACAAACCCAACUAUUACCUCAAUCUGUGGAGCAUCAUGAAGAAUUGUAUUGGAAAGGAGCUCUCAAAGAUACCAAUGCCUGUGAAUUUCAAUGAGCCCCUCUCGAUGCUGCAACGUCUAUCAGAAGACCUGGAGUACUACGAGCUGCUGGAUAAGGCUGCUAAAUGUCAGAGUUCUCUAGAGCAGAUGUGUUACGUUGCUGCUUUCACAGUCUCUUCCUACUCCACUACUGUCCACCGCACAGGAAAACCCUUCAAUCCUCUGCUGGGAGAAACUUUUGAGCUUGAUCGACUCAGAGAGUGCGGCUACCGCUCCCUGUGUGAACAGGUGAGUCACCAUCCACCUGCUGCAGCUCACCAUGCUCUCUCUGAAAAGGGUUGGAGCCUCAGACAGGAAAUUACACUGGCCAGCAAGUUUAGAGGAAAAUACCUCUCUAUCAUGCCCCUGGGUUCUAUCCAAUGUAUAUUUGAUAAGAGCAACAAUCACUACUCUUGGAAAAAAGUUACUACAACAGUACACAACAUUAUUGUGGGGAAAUUAUGGAUCGAUCAGUCAGGGGAGAUAGAUGUGGUGAACCACAGGACAGGAGAUCGCUGCCAUCUCAAGUUUGCUCCCUACAGUUACUUCUCUAGAGAUGUACCAAGAAAGGUAACAGGAGUAGUAACAGAUAAGGAUGGAAAGGCCCAUUACGUGCUGUCAGGAACAUGGGAUGAGAAGAUGGAGUUUUCCCGGGUCAUGCAGAGCAGUAAAGGCGAGAAUGGCACUGAAGGCAAACAGAGGACUGUCUAUCAGACCCUCAAAGCCAAAGAAAUCUGGAGAAAAAACCCUUUACCAGAGGGAGCAGAGAACAUGUACUUCUUCUCCUCACUGGCCUUGACUCUCAAUGAAGCUGAAGAGGGAGUGGCACCGACAGACAGCCGAAGACGCCCCGACCAGCGGCUAAUGGAGGAUGGCCGUUGGGACGAGGCUAACGCGGAGAAACAGAGGCUGGAAGAAAAACAGCGCACGGCCCGUCGAGAAAGGGAGAGGGAAGCUGUUAAAGCAGUCAGCUCACCUGAGGAAGCUGUCACUGAGGAUUCAAUCAAUGACUCACCCUUGAAAACUGAUGCACAGGAGACUGGCACAGAAGCAAGUGAGGUUUCUGAUGAAACUGACACAGAGGACUCUACCCCUCAUACACCUGUUGCAUCCCCUUAUGGACCAUCACUCUUCCCUUAUUUAAUGGAAGGCAAGGAAGGUCCUUAUGGAGCUCCAGUCAAAAGCACCCAUCCAGACAACUACCAAGCACUGUGGUUUGAGAAGAUAGAUGACCCUGCAUCUGGAGAGACCUUGCAUGUCUACAAGGGGGGUUACUGGGAGGCGAAGGAUCAAGGCAGCUGGGACAUGUGCCCCGACAUCUUCUGAUCACAGCUGAAUCAGCUUGUUUCCCUCCAUGGUGUACAAAUGAGAAGAUGGUAAGAGGUGAACUACCUUCCAUCAGCUGAAGUGGGGAAAUCAAGCCUGAUAUCAACCUAUCUUCAAUAUCCGUAGCUUCAACUGAUCACAUAACCCCACCCCCCACCCCCCUUCAGCUCCCCUAUUCCAGCAGAGAUUUGCUCAGGAUCGAGGGCAUGUGGAUUCCACGCUCAAUGUAGAUACAGUGACAUUAUGCAUUGUAGUAACAUUGCAUCUGGUUAGUGUUCAGAAACCCCUAUCACUGCCUCUCAAACACUUCCAGAGAACACUUGGUCUGCUGCUUGUUUUCAGUCCGGGGGCCUGUGGUACAGCCUUUGAGUUGCAUUUAGCAACAGGUGAUUCUGGUCGUUUUGUGGAAGCACUAAUUCAUCCACAUGACGUCUUACUAUAUAUAAGGUUUGCUUAGACAGAGCAAGCCACUACCUGACAAGAAAUUUAUGUGUUAGUUGUGCAUUGCUUAUUAUUUUGCACUGCAUUUAUUGCAGCUUUCCCAACAGCACCACAAAUUGAAUCUUACCCAAAGUUUUCAAUAGUUCACACAGUAAAUAUUUACUACACCAGUUUGAGACCACCUCAAAUGCAUAGAUGGAAACAAAAGUGAGCUAUGUAAAACAAUUAUAUUUAUUAUUUCAACAAUUACUCUAAAUAAUUACAGAUACAGAGUUAGCCUUUGAAUUUAUGGUGAAUUGUGGUGCUACUUUAUUCACUGAGAGUGAAACAUAAGUCUAGAGGUAUACUAUAUCAACAUAUUAGCCUUUUUUUCAUUUUUGCACUCAACUAGACUCAAAAUGUGUGUAGGUUCUUUUCCCCCUGAUAACUCAUACAUGGCAGUGAUGAAGAGAGGUGAAAGCAGCUCCUUAUGAUUAUGCCACUCCUCUUAUUGUGAUUUGGCCUGAUAAAGUCUGGUUUGGUUAUCUUAAGAAUCCCUAAUUGUGAGUCUUAAAUGUCUGCAUACUUCAUCCCAUAUAGGAGUCUUUUUUUUACUUUUUUUCACUCUUGAAGAACAACAUUACCAUUUUCUGUUCUUUUUUCUUUUUUCUUUUUGAGGAAGAAUAAUGGCUUUUCUGUAUGUAGCACAUUGGUUUUAUUAUUUCACGUUAGCAUAUUGAAUUCCACAUAAACUGAAGUAGUGGUACCAAACAAAUCUGUAUUGGUCCCAUGAAAAUAUGAAAUAUGACAAAUAUGAAAACCCUGUCAUUUUGUGUUUCUUUUAACAAAUCAGUUGUUGACCAUCUCAUUGAAAGCAAGAGCGUGGUCAUAUUGUCUGAAAAAGUGUAUUAGAUUGACUCGUAUCUAUAUGUUUAAGAUAAAGUCUGUUAGGACAUGUGCACUACAUGAAUUUCAGUCUUGUAUUUUCAUACCUAAAGUUUGUGCUCUUGCUAUUACUGGGAUCAACCAUUUCAAUUCUGCUCCCAAAGUAGAUGAAGAUGUUGAGGCUCACAAUUAUAACAGUUGUGAUUUAAAUACAGAGCAGCAGGGCCGUGCUCCAAGCUGGAUUGCUACUGGCUUGGUGAUUAGUGAAGUGUUUUUGUCUUCCUGAUUUCCUUCAAACUUAUUCACCAUAGCUUUAAUCUUGAACUAGGAUAUUUUAGUCUUUGUGUGUUUUGACUGUAGAUUUUUAACAGACAGCAAUAAGAGUGCCUCAGUGCAUAUACACGUGGCACUGAAUGAAAUAUGAGGACAGUGUGAAGCAAGAAUGCUAAAACUGCAAAAAACUCAAUUCUGUCUUUGUAUUCGUCUGUAUUGUUUGUCGCUUGAGUGGAAGGACUGUAUGGUUGAUCUAAUCUAAAUUUCAUUUUAUAUUCAAGUGUACUUAAAGGAGGACACUUAAAAUGAAGAUCACAAAACAUAAUGUUGCAAAUAUUUCUGUGUAAAUAUAUUAAAUAGUAAUUGUGAUAUUAACUGGUUAUGUUGAUAGAGAAUCAAAAGGCAGUGAUGCACUUUUAAUAUUUUUUCUUUGUCAUUUUUAUUUACUCAGAUCUGGAUACAUUUUCACUGUCUGAGCUCAGAGUACCAAGUUACCAUAUGUCACCGUUUUCCACCUAAGAUAGCUUUAUAUUUUAAAUUAUAUUAAUUUGUUUUUGACCUAAACUAUUUCUUCCUACUUUCAACUUUUGCUUUAUACAUCAUUUAAAUAGAUAUCUUGAUACUACAGUACAUCUCUUUAAUUACAGAAUCAGUCUAAAAAUUUCUUUCUGUUCUGUCUUUUUUAAUACAAUAUAAUAUUGAUUUUUAACCAUUGGUCCUUAUUAUGUAGCCUGAUCGUUACAUCCAUUUUUAACUUUUUUUCUUAAGUUUCUACCUUUUAUCAUUCUAUUCCAUUGUUUCUUGCUCCGAUUUUGUUUUCCCUGCACAAAAAGACUGAAGGUGUUAUUGCACUUUAGUACAGUACAUCAGUGAUUUCAUUUUCUCUACUUGAUUUGACUGAUAAAGACUCAACUUUAAUGUCUGCUACUGAAGACUUUGUCACUUUGUGAGUUUGUUUUGAAAACAUUUCCGAAACCAUGUUCAGUAAUUGCAAACAAAUGUACAUAAGUGAAAAUAUACAUUUGUAUUGACUUGCAGUCUGAGCACACGUUUCACCUUUUCUGUCCAUUAAUUCAGAUUUUUAGCAGGAUUGUGUUAGAGGUUGACAAUAUUAAAGUGUAUGGAGAUGAA